UCUCAUAUUACGAUAAACCAGCCCUUUUCCGCCCUUUUCUUUCUCGUGCCUCUUCCAUCCCCCCUCCGAACAGGACCCUUUUUUUCCUCAUAGACUUCUCACAAAACUUGGCCUUUGCAAAACCGUCUUCUCUAUCCGGAUUGUCUGCUUUUCCAUCUUCGAUAUCGACAGUUUUCCAUCGCCGCCAGUCUCGUCGUUUGCUUACACGUUGUCCGCUUUGAUACGCCCAUCCACCAUAUACUUGGCCCACGCCCUUGCUCCUCUCUCUAUUCGCGCCCAUCACCACCGCCUCUGCCCUCGGGUUCUCAACCACCACAUCGCCAUCACCACGACCACCGCCUCCUAACCUUUAAAUCGUAUCCGAUACGGCGUCUGUUUCGUCCUCGAUUCCAUCGUUGUCGAAUAUUUAUCAACAAACGACCAAUUCCUACCAUCUACUCUUGCCCUCCAGUACAGUCUCACAUCAUCCGCUGAGGAGUCGUCUGCACCUCUUUGGCCAUCACCUACCGCACACGCCGUGCUAGAUUGAGUUUAUAACGUCGCCAACCUCGACCAAACUUUCGUGUCAUCCCGCCCCAGUGGCCGAUUUCUCGUUUCAAACGUCGUUGACACCGCUUUCGCCUUCUCCUCGCCAUAUACUCCCCCCCUCAUCCAUCCAUCAUGUCAGACGAACCAGACCGCAGAUCUGUGGCAUCUGCUGUUUCCAGCUCCGGCUCCGAUACCAACGACCAGCCCAUCCUUCAUCAGCCAAUUCCAACGAGGCCACGCAUGCCCAGUCGGAAAAGCAGCGGCCCUCUGGUCGUCCCUAGAGACAGUUCUGCUGUCGGCCCGACUGACGCUCAUUUUGGACCUGAUGAUGUCAGGGCCAUGAGCCCUCGCCGCACGAGCGAAGAUAUUGACAAGCUCGGCAAGGAAGCCAGAGAAGAGAUGAGACGGAACGCCAAAGCGCUGCAGGACUCCCUUGUUUUGAUAUUCAACCGCAUCGAGGCCGUACGCGAAGAGCACGACAAACUCGAUAACAACAACAAGUUCCUGCAAAAGUACAUUGGCGAUUUGAUGAACACGAGCAAAAUCACUGCCACGGCUGGCAGGAUGAAGAAGUAAAUAUGCUCAUCUUCACCACCGUCAGCAGCCGCCACUUGUCUCGAGCCAUCUCUUCUGUAUACGCGAGAAAGAUGUGCAUGACGGCGGCUAUAUUCUCAAUGUUACUUUGGCAUCCAUGGCAUCCGCAAAGUCGGGAGACGCAGCUUUAGCCACUGAAUGGCAUGAUACCCUUGCUCUCUCAGGUCUUGCGAACAUGCUCCGUCCUUUCUGUUGGAGCAACGUAGUUUUUCACAAUGUUCCUCUUCUCGAUUGAUUCGACAUCUGCUUUUCUUCCUUAUUUUGAACUUUAUCUAUUCAACAACUGUACACUACUGAAGUGGGCAAGGUCUUUCUGCUGCUUUGCUUUUUCACGACGUUUGAUUGCCACGGAAACGAUUGGAACCUCAUCCGACUGAGGAUCCCUGGCCUGCAAUCAACUUUGACGAAUUGCUUCCACCUUGCGACGGGCGUACCCGACUAUUUACAAACACGUUUUUAUUUUCCCAACUACAUUUACAUGGCGCAAAUUUCUACUUUUCGAACUUCUUUCUUCUAUUUCAACCUCAACUAGCAAGCCCUGCUAUACAUGAUGCCAUGCAUUCUCGUAUUGCAUGUGCCUUCAACUAUACAGGCUCACUAGUUUUUUUCAACCCUGUAUUCUCACAUAUAGUUGACGGAAAAUUGAAUCCUCGAGGGCAGCGGGCACGAGGCUAGCAAAUGAGCAUUUUACAAUACCAUUCUAUUUUAACC